AUUGAGUCUAGCAGCUAACUCCGAUACGCCUUUUUGAGUUUCUUCUCCGCGACUUUCUGGAAUGGGAGUAUCAUGAACUACUCAGAAACUAUUAACGUUAGUGCGUAGUCGCAUACAAAUGUUAGGCUUUAGGAAGGUGUGGACUUUUAAAUGCAGAUCGUUACUGUAAUCCUUAAGGCGGGGUCUUCCCAUGCAACUAGCAAGCUCUGGAGCGCCGCUGUCAAGCCAGCAGCCUUCCAGCAUUGUAAAGGCGGGACAGCUAUGGAAGCAGGACAACUUUUAUGUCUGGCGAAAGCACUUCUUCGUUGUAUUUUCUGGAGAGGAACCUCUCAUUGGCCUCUACUACCAAUACAAGGGUGAUGCCCCUCCGGAUAAGACGAAACCCCUACCCGGUUGUCGAGUGCUGGACAUUGUCGAACAGCAGGGCCGCUACAAGUUCACGCUUGAGUUCAAAGACAAGCAACGCUGGUACCUCGCCAGCAACUCCCCGGAGGACCGCAAGGAGUGGCUGGCGGCAGUCGUCGCGCACUACCACGGCGGCGGAACGCUAGGCAGACCGGCAGCGGAGUACGACCCCCUCACCGGGGCCGUGCUGGGCCGGCAACACCACCGCCAGCGCCCUGGUCACAGCGUGGCGGGCAGCACACCGGCAGCACGCAGCAGCGCGUCUUCGCCCCCGGGCAGCCCAACCCGAUCAGCCUCUCCCUCCCACUCGGUGCGCUUCUCAGCAGAGGAUGCCGACGGGGAGCGGGCGUCGCGCUGCGGCAGCGUUACAGCCAGCGACGCGAGCACCCCGAAGCGCAGCCACGCCUCAGGGCCUGGGCCGCCGGGAGCUUCGGCAUCGGCUGGAUCCCUACCAGCGCUGCAGCACCACCAGCAUCAGCAGCACCAGGUUGUUGGGCAGCACGCAUCGAGCACGCGUGAUGCGGGGGGGCAUUCACGGCGGCAGAGCGGCGAUGGUGUGGUGGGUGCUUCCGCCCUGCCAACAGCAGCCUCACGGCUGAACGGGCACACCGGCGGCGGAGGCGGCGGAGGUGCAGCCCGCAAUCGUGCAGCAACGCUUCCAGCAGCAGGCUUUGUGGGCGGGCCGCUGGCAGCAGCCGCUGUCGCAGCACUGGAGUCAGCCUCCAGCGUGGCUGCGGGUGUGGCUGCGAGCAUGGCGAGGCCAGCAGCCGCCCCCGCCCCGGCUCCCAGCGGGCAGCGCAGCUCCAUUCUGAAGUUCCUGCUCGGUGACCACUCGGCGUUGUUGCCUUUGCGGGAGGUGGCGCAAGCAGCCCCGCAGCAGCAGCAGCAGCCUCGACCGCCGUCGCCGCCCCGGCGCUAUGAGGUUGCGCCGCUGGGGCCGCCGGUGGGGCAGCUGGAUGUGCUGUCAGGCAAGUUUGAUGGGUCGCUGGUCACGUCCUCGCUGUGCGAGCAGUUUGACCGCGCGCGCACGUACGUGGAGAAGUACCCGGAGCACUUCAGCGGGCAGCAGCGGGCGGCGCUGCAGAACUGGACGGCGCUGGUGGAGAGCCGCGCCGCCACUGCGGACGUGCUGCUGGCGUGCAAGGCGCUGUAUGUGCUGGAGGUUACCCGGACGCGGGCUGAUUGGUCGGCGGCUGACGAGGGUGAUGCCACGUUUGCCGGUCCGGAGGCGAUGAUUGUCCAGGUGCGGCGCCUGCCCAGCGCCGCCAGCCUGGGGUCGCUGAAGGAGUGUCUGGACUACUGCUCGCGCGACUGGGUCGACAUGUUCUGCCGGCUGGACGGGGCGGCGCUGCUGCUGGAUGUGCUGAAGAGCCACGAGGGGCCGGCGAGGGAGGGCGUCCCCGAGGCCAUCGAGGCGCUCCUGGCCAGCCUGCAGUGCAUCCAGUCCCUGGCCUCCAAGCCCGGCGGCAUGGCGGCGGUGCUGGCGGUGCGCGGCUUCACGCGCGCCGUGGCGGCGCUGCUGCAGCCGGUGGACUCGGACACCACCCGGCUGGCGCUGGAGCUGCUCACGCGCAUGCUGCUGUUCCAUGACGAGAGCUACCGACAGG